AUGGCAGGAAAAAAGAAGAGCAAGAGCCUCAAGGCUCGCGGCGAGACGAGCCUGAAUAAGUAUCGUGGCUCAGGUUUUGAGGAUGGCUUCGCUGAUCCUCCGAUCACUCCGAUGGAGCAUGCCGCUGAAAGGCAGAUCUACGACCCGAAACGUUCUUUCCACGAGCGAAUUGAGGAGUGUAUCCAGCGGUACAUGUCGCGUCGCCGACUCACCAGUGAUCGCAAGGCCCUCUUCACCAAGUACUUGGCCCUCGGCGGCGUGGACACAGACCAGCGCCAGUUCACCGGCACUGCGAAGCACGUCAAGGACAUGAAGGAGGAUGACGAGUAUGAUGCUGACCACGUCCGCGAGAUGACUGCCAACGAGGUCCUUUCCCGUGAAUGGGCGGAGGUUGGAAAGUUCUACAACCCAUAUUAUCCAGAGCACUGGGAUGUGGACUUCGCCGGUGUGGUGGCUGGAUUCCUUGGCGAUUGGCUCCCCAAGACGAUGGGACUAUCGGAUUAUGAGAACAAACUCGCAAUCGACACCAUCCUCAAUUUUCUCAGAUAUAUCCAGCACCAUGACGUCUGUCCCGAGUACGAGGACAACCUUACCCAAGCUCGCACGAUUUGUGAGCUCGCCCGCACAGAGAUGCCCAGUAUCGGCGAGGUCGGCGCUGCGAUGCCAGGGGACUUCAAUCUCGCUUGCCAGGUCCUGUUCUGCAGCACUGGAAAGGCCAGCGGUCCCACGGGCCUCAACGACUCCGGCGACGUACACUACGAAGUAAAGCCUUUCAACGGCGCAGAGCACAAGAACUCCUGGGACACUGGCAUCAUCGCGCCCGAGAACUUCGACGCCGAGCGUGUCUUCAAGGCCACCAUCUCCAUCCACGAGCCCGGCCUGAUCGACCGCGUGCUCCAGCACAACGAGGACCCCAUCCGCGUGGUCAAGACCUACGACGACGCCUUUGCCGUUAAGGAGAUCGUCUUGACUACUGACGAAAUCAUCAACGUCUACGAUGGCAUCAAGGACAAGGCCGGAAAGACCCGCACCGUCAAGCCCAUCGGCCGCGUCGUCCUCGUCCCGAGCAUCAUCGAGGACGGCUGGGACAACCACCCCACCCUGGCCGAGGGCCGCCCGGACGGCGAAGAGGUUCGGCCUAUCUCCAUCUACCUCGAGCACACCACGCUGGCCAACCUGAAGGAGGGCAUGAAGCUGCGCCUGACCAUCUGCGAGCUGGACACCGCAGUCGGCGGCGGCGGCGGCGACGGUCUCGCGUUUAUCAAGGCGUGCUACGAGAUCCUGCCGAGCUUCCACACCUUCCUGCCGCAGUCACUCAUGAUGCACUACAAGCCUCCCCGGACCAACGACCGCCCCCCGCCGUCGGUGGACGACCCCGCGGCCGAGGAUCGCGCGGUGCUCGAGGAGGUCGAGGAGGAUGCCAAGGAGGCUGAUAAGGCCGAGCGCCGGGCGGACCCUGAGCUGGACCGUCAGAUGAAGGAGACUGAGGAUGCCGAGCGGCUGAUGAAGGUCAUGGAGAGGGUCAAGGUGGAGGAGUGA